CAAGAGACUGGAGAGGAGACCAUUACCAACGAAAAGAAAUAGGUCAAUAAUCUCAGACAUGGGAGACCAGAUGCGCUAUGCUAUCAGUGUCCGGAUUAUUGGAGUGAUGCAUAAAGAGGCAUCUAAAAUCAAGAUGUUUAUGACCUCUGUUCUGUGGUCUGAUGAGAGUGAAGUCAUUGUCUACAGAUCAUUAUUGGAUUUUAAGGAGUUUCACAGGCAAUUGAAGAAGAGGUUUCCCCUUGAGAAUCCUUUCCGCAAGAGAGACAGAGUGAUUCCCAAAUUCAGAGCCAUAGCUAUGAGGAGAAAGAUCCAGAAGAAGGAUCCUAGUUGGUCAAUGCGUCGGAUGAAUUUACUGGAAAACUACUGUAGCGAGCUGCUCAGGUGUGACCCCGUGGUGAGCUGCAGUUCAGAGGUCACCCAGUUCUUCAUGCCCAAAGACCACGACCUGCAGGCAGACUUCACCAAAAACAGCGUCAUGAUCCUACCAUCGGGGGAUGGGCUGGAGGACAUGAGCGGGCAGCGUCUGAGCCUGGGCAACGUGACACACCCUUUUGUGAGCCAGUCUUACUGCUGUGUGGGGCCCUACAACACCAAGGACACUAAGAACAGGCCCUUUAAAGUGGCCUUGGAUGAGAGGCUGGAUGUGCUCAUCAAAGACCCAGCAGGCUGGUGGCUGGUGGAGAAUGAGGACAAACAGUUGGCCUGGUUCCCUGCUCCUUACCUAGAGAUGUGUGAGGCAGAGAAGGAUGGAGAUGAAUUGGAUGGAAUUCCCUUGGGGGGAACUCUCUACUGCGCUGUGAGGAGUUACUCCACUAAGAAGCAUGACGAGGUGCCUGUUCCUAUUGGCUCUGUGGUCGAGGUGCUGAGGAAAUCAGACGACGGAUGGUGGCUCAUCAGGUAUAAAGGCAGAACGGGCUACUCUCCCUCCAUGUACCUGCAGCCUUACAACAACCCACGUGCUGGCCUCCACAACCUGCAGAGAAAGCUGCACAGCUCCUCUCUCAAUCUGGCAACCCACAUGGACAGCUCUACUCUCAACUUGGCAUCCAGCAGAGACAGCCAAUCUGGCAACUGUUACCCACCCACACUGUAUGAGGAGACAGGGCUGCAGCAGCACACAUCAACCCAGCCCAGGGAUGAUCCGUACCGGGCCUCCUGUCUCCAGAAGACCCGCUCUCUGGAGCUCCUGUCUGAGACCCUUCCCGACAUGGCCGUCCCUCCAUCCCAAAGAGAGAGAGAAGACCUUGAGUCAAAUCCGGAUCCAGCAAUCCGCAAGAGCAGCAUCAGCUGGACCAAGUCCUCCAACUCUGACAUCAGCUCGUCAGGCCGGAAUGUCAGGACGUCUUCUUCCAGCUGCAGUGAGGAGGAGCCCCAGAGCCCCCCAAACAGCCCCAGGUCUUCACCCCAGCUAAGGGAGAGUAACAAUGGCUGCAGCAUCCCAGAUAAGAGUCUGUCAUCCAGCCCUAGCUCCAGGUCUAAGAUUGGGUCCUGUAAGAUGCCCACCACUGCACCCAGGGUGCCCCCGCGACCCAGGGCCCAGGAGAUCCUGACCCGGUGUACCACCAUGACCCGCAAGGCUGCCUUGGCCUCCAGAGGGAGGCUGUUCUCCCUGCAGGACCCCGUCCAGACCCACUAG